AUGAACAACGACUCGUGUCUGCCAAACGCGUCUGCCCCGUGCAGUGGUCUCGGAUAUCCGGUCUACGUAGUGAAUGCAACAUCCGCGGACCAUGUCAAGCUGGCGAUUGACUUUGCCCGGGAUAACAACGUGAGGUUGAAUGUGAAAGCAUUGGGACAUGACUACCUCAAGCGAUCGGCAACUCCGUUCUCACUCUCAAUCUGGACAAGAUACAUGAUCAGCGACUACGAGAUUCAUAAGACUUUCAAACCAAGGGGCUGUGAGAUCACCAUCAACACCACGGCAGUGACUGCAGGAGCCGGGUCCUAUGUCAAGGAUAUAUACACAAAUUUAAAAGAUUACAACCUAACCGUUGUUGAUGGCCUGGGACCAGAAGUCACCAUGGGCGGCUACCUCACCGGCGGAGGCCACAGUCCUAUUUCGAUCAUUUUCGGCCUCGGUUCGGAUCAGCUCUAUGAGGUGGAAAUGGUGACGCCUACAGGAGAAAUCCUCACGGCGAACGAGUGUCAGAAUACAGAUCUUUUCUGGGCCAUUCGAGGGGGCGGCGGAAGUACUUUUGGGGUCCUGACCAAGGUGACUGUCAGGACCGUUCCCUCGACCCCUAUUGCGACAUUUGACCUCACUGUUGAAGCUAAGCCAAGCUCGACGGUCUAUUGGGACAUCGUGACAUACCUCCUCGCACAAUUCCCAGCCCUUGCGGAGUCGAACGUUGCAGCAUUCACAUACCUGUACCCCAAUAUCAGCACUGCCGGUCGUGCGGGUGAUGUGGCGUCAUUCGAAGCAAUCUUCGCCUCGUACGAUCCGCCUUCUGAAAGCACCCUGGAAGAUCUGUUGAUACCCUACGUGCGGCACGUGAACGAGACGUUCUCUGGGAAGGUCACCACGAAAGUGAAAUCGACUGUACUUCCAAACUUCUACAGCCUUUUCCAGAAAUAUGCUGAUGACUCGGGGGCUGGAGUGGACAAGGUGGUCGGAUCUCGGCUUUUGCCCCCAGAAAUUCUCAAGGAUGAAGCCUUUGGCGACGCGCUGAAAGAAUUCGCGGGAGAAGUGGGAGCCAGAUUGUAUAUGGUUGCUGGACCAGGCGUGUGGAAUGCCGUCCCACGAGGGGCCAGUGAUGCCGUGAACCCGGCAUGGAGGAAGGCCUUGAUCCACGCCGUGACGUCUCAAGACUGGACGCCUCUUGACGGAAUCGAACGGAGUGUCGUCGAAAACAGCAUCGACAAGAUCCAGGUCGAAGCUUUACGGCGGUUGGUACCAGAUUCAGGCGCCUAUUUGAAUGAAGCUUAUUUGAAAGAGCCCGAUUUCCAGCAGGCGUUCUGGGGAAACAAUUAUGAGAGGCUGCAUCAGAUCAAGAAGGCAGUCGAUCCAGAUGAUGUCUUUUGGUGUCGGGUUUGUGUUGGAAUUGAGGAGUGGGAGGAGGUGGGAGAUCGUUUGUGUCGAGUUCAGUAG